AUGGUUAUGGCACCGACUGCGUGUGUUCCCGUUGAACCAGUAUGCUUGACAACAAAACAUUGUCAAGACAAAAUCGACUAUAGUCGUGAUGACAAUAGUCUUGUCAAUAUCGCUGGAGGGGACGAGCCUUCGCAAGCCAGGUUGGCUGCCAAGGCCCUUGUCUUGAAUGUUUUGAAGAAACGCGCCGCCGAGGUCAAUACCGACCACUGCGGCCCCGGAGACGAGGAUGCGUUCUAUGUGGCAGACAUGGGUGAGGUCUACCGCCAGCAUCUGCGCUGGAAAUUGAACUUGGGUCGCGUCAAACCCUUUUUCGCCGUCAAGUGCAACCCCGACCCAGAGGUUAUCCGUCUCAUGGCUCAACUUGGAAACGGUUUCGACUGUGCUUCCAAGACGGAGAUUGACCUGGCUCUCGGGUCAGGCGUCGAUCCAAGCCGCAUCAUCUAUGCGCAGCCCUGCAAGACCAAGUCCUACCUGCGCUAUGCUUCCAGGAUGGGUGUCAAGCAGAUGACCUUUGACAAUGCCGACGAGCUGUACAAGAUCAAGGCCAACUUCCCCGGUGCGGAGCUUUACCUGCGCAUCCUGACAGACGACUCUACCAGUCUGUGCCGCCUGAGCAUGAAGUUUGGCGCUUCUAUGGAUGUUGCCCGCCCGCUCCUCGAACUGGCCUACCAGUUAGAGCUCAAGGUUGUUGGCGUCAGCUUCCACGUCGGCUCGGGAGCCGAGGAUCCUCGGGCAUUCCUCAAGGCUGUUCAAGAUGCGCGUUUGGUCUUUGACCAGGCGACGGAAGUCGGCCACGAGCUUCACACUUUGGAUGUUGGUGGUGGCUUCAGUCAGGAUACCUUUGAGAAAUUCGCUGGCAUCCUCGGCGAAGCAUUGGACACCUACUUCCCUCCCAACAUUCGCAUCAUUGCUGAGCCUGGCCGGUACUACGUGGCCAAUGCUUUUACACUAGCAGCGAACGUGAUUGCUCGUCGCGAUGUGCCGGACAUCGAGGACCCGUCGAACGACUCCUACAUGCUAUAUCUCAACGACGGUGUCUAUGGCAAUUUCUCGAACAUCAUCUUCGACCAUCAGCACCCAGUGGCGCAGAUUCUUACUUGCGCAGGAGAUCCCAGUGCAUGCGCUCCGAAUGUUGCGACUUCGGAAGGCGUUUCCUACUCCAUCUGGGGCCCCACCUGUGAUGGCAUUGAUGUUAUCACCCAGAGCAUCAAGCUGCCUGGUCUGUUGGAUGUGGGCGAUUGGCUCUACUUUGAGGAGAUGGGAGCCUACACCAAGUGUAGCGCCACCCGAUUCAACGGGUUCUCCGACAACCACGAGGUGAUUUACAUCUCCAGUGAGCCCGGAGCUUCUGCCUUGCUAGAAUAUUAG